UAUUGCGCAACUCCCUAUUAGGCACCCACCCUUUUUUCCUCUCUCAACGACAUGCGCUCCAAACCCCUGUCCACAACAUAAUACGCAACAUCAGCAAUGAGCUCGGGAAAGCAGCCAGGAGAAUCUUCGGCAUCGGGUGGCGAUUCGAUUCCAUCUUCUCAUCGCGACGGCCGAGGCACCGGUGGGAGACCAGUGUACAUGACCGCGGGCACAGGCUCGAUGUCAGAACAUGGGUAUCAUCUCAGACAAAUAAUCGAUCAAACCAGCGACUCUGGUUACGGUGGGAGCAUAGAUGAGGAAGGAAGCAGCACCUCGAGCGGUUGGCACCCUGACCUCUCCUUCGAUCGACCGACGCCGUCGCACACACCGACACGACCUGGCGAGUACAAUGCCGCCGCUGAGAACGAACGACGUGUGCUGGCAAGCCAUGUUCAUCAACUGUACUAUAAUCAAAACAAAUUGGCACUUGGGCGCGCGAUUAACGAAACAUUGGAUGCGCUGAAUAAAUUGAGGGAGAUGAACCAUGUGUGGCCAGCGCAUUAUCCUUCCGUGCAGCGUCCAGAAACGCCGACGAGGGCUUCGGGGAGGACUAUGAGACCGGGACUGCACCACACCCUCUCGACGGUGGACAAUCGUGCCGAGGAGGCGGAGGCUGCCGGUCGGCCAGGCUCAACAGGAGGGCGGCCUAGCCCCCGGAGAGCAGAGACUACAUUGGGACACGACGAAGCGCCUGCGGAGUCAAGUUCUUCUGCUGCGCGAAGGGUGGCUCCAGAACCGCGGCUGGUGACGCCGCAACUGGUGCAGGAUUUCUCCGUGCUGAAGAUAGAUCUGAAGCUGGGGCAUUUGAGGCAGUCGGAGCUCGUCCAUUCGCUAGAGAAAGGCUCGAUCGCAGCUCUUUUGGAUGGUCAGAUACAAAAGAGCAUCCAGCAUUUGUACGCUCUGCGAGAACGCAUCGACGACACCGCAAGCAAAGUCCUUGUCACUGGUGACCUCAACGCUGGUAAAUCCACAUUUUGCAAUGCGCUUCUAAGGAGACAGAUUCUUCCCGUCGAUCAGCAGCCAUGUACGAGUAUUUUUUGCGAGGUGUUGCAUGCGGAACAGAAUGCUGGCGUGGAGGAAGUGCAUGCCGUCCCAAUUGGACACCAGUACAAUCGCGACGACGAGCGCACUUACAAAGUGUUUCCGUUACUCGACCUUGAGAAAAUCGUCAUCGACGACGAGAAGUGGUCACAGUGCAAAGUCUACAUCAAGGACAUUCGCUCCGUGGACGAAUCGUUGUUGAAUAAUGGUGUGGUCGAUAUUGCACUUAUUGAUGCGCCGGGAUUAAACAAGGACUCUGUCAUCACGACUGCAAACUUCGCAAAGCAGGAAGAGAUUGACGUUGUUGUGUUUGUCGUCUCGGCGGCAAAUCACUUCACCGAGUCGGCCAAGGAGUUUGUAUUUAAUGCUGCACGGGAGAAAGCGUACAUGUUCAUCGUAGUGAAUGGCUUCGAUGCGAUCAGAGACAAAGAAAGAGCCCAAAGGAUGAUCCUGAAACAGGUCAAGACUUUGAGUCCCGCGACGUUCAAGGAGUCCGCAGAGCUUGUCCACUUUGUCUCAAGUAAUGCCAUACCAACUGCGCCACCGCCUGGAGGCCCAUUCGGUGCAUCAGGUGGAAGUAGCAGCGGUGGCUUCGAUGGUCCCGACAAUGGCAGUGACGGUGAUGACGAUGAGGACUCCGAUCCCGUGAAACACAAGGAUCCGCCGUCACCUGUCGAUAAGGGUAAGGGCAAGGACAAGGAGAAGAUUCGAGACUUCACAGACCUUGAAGCUUCAUUACGAAGGUUUGUGCUGGAGAAAAGAUCACGGUCGAAACUUGCACCGGCGAAAACGUAUCUUGUGAAUCUUCUCGGAGAUCUCGACAGUUUAGCGCAAGUGAACCGCGAUGUCGCGCAAGCUGAACUUGACCGCGUGAACAAGGAGCUCGAAGAACUUGUUCCAAAGCUGGAAGAUUCAAAGAAGGCGACAGAUGAUGCUGAUAAGCACUCAGAUCAAACGAUCGAAGAUACUGUCACCGAAGUUUACCGUUCAACACGAGAUACCCUGAACACUGCUAUCAACACAGUGGGUGAAAGGGAUCACGGUAUAGAGUAUCCGGGUUUCCUCAGUGCUUUCCAGUACGCCGAGGAUCUGAAGUGGGCCAUGAUGCAGACCAUCUCCGACACUGUUUCCCUCUGCGAGGAACACGCUAGACAAAAGACGGUUGCGGGAGUGAACAUGAUCAAGAAUCUGGGCCUCUUGCAUCUAGGCAAUAAUUUUCCCGAUAUCUCGUUCAGACCCGACCUCAUGUUCAAACGGAAGCAUCACAUUUUAGCUCGACAAGUCGAAAUUGACGUCGAGUUUUCGGACUUCUUCGAUCUUGCGAGCCUGUGGGAGAGGCAGGAGAAGGUCGCCGGAACUAGUAUGGCACUCACAGUCGCUGGCGUUGUUGGUGGCCGGUUGGUAGGCGGCGUCCAUUGGGUUGACGGUGCUUUGGGUGCUGUCAAGGUGCUAGGGGUGAAUAACGUACGGAGACUCAUUAUUCCCGGUCUUAUCGCUACUGUCAUCCUAGCAGCAUCUUAUGCGGUUGCUUCUAUUCCUACUUCACUUCCGCGUCGGAUCUCGUCUAAGCUUCAGAGUCAACUCGCCGCUUUGGAUUACACCCACUCCAAUGCCACUCGCAUCUCUAGUGAAGUACGAAGGGCGCUCAAGUAUCCGGCAGACAAUCUGAGAGUUGGCCUCAAGCGGAAUGUGGAGAAGCUCCAGAGCAAGAAAGAAGACACAGACAAGAUCAAGAGAGAGAGUACCGAUGCACAGAGAUAUUUUGUACAACUUAUUGCACGAGCGGGUGAGAUCAGACGCAAGGUCUUGGGUGUUGACUUGGAAGGCCCGGCUCCCGGUAUUGCAGCUGCGUAUGAAGGCUGAGCUGAGGAUGUCGGUUUCCUCGCCUUCUGCUAGAAUGGAGUCGGUGACUUGUGGGGGGGGGGGGAGUAAAA